AGAGUCAAAACACUGGAAACGCGCUCACGCGCAUCAUCGGAUGGUAUUACAGGUCGUCUUAUAUCACUUGUAAAUAUUCUACAGGUCUCACAGUUCAGGUAACACGCCGGCAUGAAAAAGCACGUGAAAUUCCUUGAAAACAACAGCGAUAAAAGCCGUCUGCACCACAAAAAGUCAUUUUUGCCUUUAAGGUCAUCUGGUCUCAACCAUGUGCAAACUGGAAAAACAAACUCAGUAUUUGGAUAUAAAAUACAGAGACCUGCAACUGUACAAGUGCCAGAACAAAAUCGGGACAUUAAAACUAUUCAUAUCCCUAAGACCAUGACUGCUGCUCCAUUUUUACAGCAUCCAGGCUUGACACCCGGACAGAAGCGUUUCCUGUACAGUAUCGCAGAGGCCUACAGCAAAGAGCACAUGCGGCAGCUAAUACGUCAACAUUAUAUGAAUGUAUUACACAGGUGUAUCAGGACAGUGCCGGAUGAGAAUCGUGUGAAUGUAAAUGUGAAACUGCAGAUGUCAACGUACACCCCAGAAGCAGAACACAUGACAAACUCCAAAAGUACACCUACGAGCAAGACGAAAGGAAGUGGAAAGAGAUCUUCAACUUCAGUUAAGAAAACAACUUUACCUAAAAUCAUCAAUCAUCAAAGAGUGUCUUCUGGAUUUGCAAAAUCGAACAUGGUACAGUCAAGGAAAAGGACUACCAUUGCAAAACAUGCUUCUUCACGGGGAUCACGCCCAUGGGAAGCUGACUUUGAAUGGGAGGCACCUGAAACAGAUUCUUACCUUGCUGGACACAUGAGUGGCUUGUCUUUCAACGAAUCGGAAGAUGAUGACGAGGACUUUCUAUUUCUUACCUAACGCAUCAAUCUAUGUUUUUGUCAUUUAAGAAAAAUAUCUAACAAAAAUCUUAAAACAUAUAAUGGACAAUCCUGUUGUUCCAGACAUUUCAGAAUAGUUAUUUUAAAGUGUUCUGUGUUUUCUUUAACCCUUAAAGGGUUAGUUCACCCAAAAAUGAAAAUUCUGUCAUUUAUUACUUACC